GUAGCACAACAAGCAACAUAUGUCCUCCAUGUUUGCACCACAGUUCCAGUUUGGCAAUGGCUGCGCUUCGUAGAAAUAUCUCCACUAGCGUGAAUUCCGUGAGUAAGCGAGGAGAGACGAACCCCAAGCAGCAACAUCCAUUCUACAGCAAGGCCGCUGCGGCAGUGCUGGGGGUCAUGCUCGGAGCCGUUAUGACUUACUUCUCUCUCUACGUAGACAUGGGCGGCUUUCAAAUCACCGCGGGAAGACGGGCGUAUGCGCUCCCCAGGGUAUCUCCAAUGUCCGAUCGUGCCACUGGUACCACUAGACCAGCUAAUUCAUCAGGCGAACUUGCUGAAGGCAUAGCGGCAACGCUUCCAGGCGUGCCACAUCCACAGAUGUCCUGCAGUGCAGAGAGAAUACACUUUGCCUUUGUCAAAGUGCACAAAGCCGGAUCAACAACUCCAUACACCAUCUUCCAGCGGUUCGGACUCAAACGUCAUCUCCAAUUCGUGUUGCCUAGCAACGAGAGAGUAGAUGUGGGUUGGCCGUACCUGAUGAAGAAAGAGGACUACCUCCAGCCCAUUCCCGGCCGUCCAUUUGACCUGCUGGUGGACCACACGGUGUACAACAGGGAGAUCUUCAGGAACCUGCUGCCUAACAACACUGUGUACCUGGCUAUAGUCAGGGAACCGUACAGCCACCUUAAAUCAGUGGUAAACUGGUAUGGAGUGGCGCGAAAGUACGGACUACAGAAUGACGACCCAGUCGAAGCCCUACUGAAACAUCCUGAAGAGCUGGACCGGCAGUGGCUUGUACCCAGUGAGCACAAACAGCCAUUUUCCUGGACGCGGAACUUCAUGUCCUACGACCUGGGCCUGCCGAUUGCUCUGACCGAUGACGAGAUGUUCAUUCAAAAGUACAUCGCCCAGUUGGACCGGGACUUCCUUCUGGUAAUGGUGCUGGAGUACUUCGACGAGUCGCUAGUCCUGCUGAAGCGCUACAUGUGCUGGCAGCUGUCCGACAUACUCUACAAAGUGCAGAACAGUCGAGAAUACGGUUAUAAGAAGGAUGACCUGUCCCCUGAAAUGAAGGAGAUCCACAGAAACUGGAGCAUGGCUGAUUACCUGAUCUAUGAACACUUCAACAAAACCCUGUGGGAGAAAAUCGCAAAUGAGGGGGAGGACUUCUUUGACGAGGUGACGCGGUUCAAGCAAAUCAACCAAAUGACCACUCGAUUCUGUGACGUAACAGUCGUCAGUAAUGACACAACAGACAAACGCUUCGGGACUACCCGGUGGAAUAACGAAUUUGUCAUUGACAGCACAUUUUGCGGGGUGUUGAAUAGUAGACACCUCGUCGCCUUGAAGACGAUACACGUGACAGAGCUGCGAAAGAACGGAGUCAAUAUGCUAUGGCCGGAAUGGCUCCCUCCCCCUCCAUCUAAAUCUGCUGACAAGAAGCCAACCAAACCUCUGCAAAAUCAACCAGUCCCGGCCAAACAACCAGUUCCGGCCAAACAACCCGUCCCGGCCAAACAACCAGUCAAGACCAAACAACCCUCCGGCCAAACAACCAGCUCCGGCCAAACAACCAGUCCCGGCCAAACAACCAGCUCCGGCCAAACAAGCAGCUCCGGCCAAACAACCAGUCCCGGCCAAACAACCAGUCCCGGCCAAACAACCAAUUACGGCUAAAGAACCAAUCCCGACCAAACAACCAGUUCCGGACACAAAAACAGUUCUAGUCCCGGCCAAACAACCUGUCAAGACCAAACGUCGAAACUCAACGAGAAAAUGACGUCACUGACUGAAGGAAGAUGGCGGAGGGAUGUGGAAUUUACAUCAUUAGUACUGUGCAGUCAGAGAAUAUGUGCAUCUAGUCAACUUUAAUAGCACGGUUUUAAAUGGCCCCCGACAUACCGAUAUGAAACAUUUACCUUCCCACGAGUAGAGGGCAGGCUACAUCUUUAAGCCAUCAUAGGAAGUGCCUUAGAGCAUUUGUCGACACGCUUGUUGCAUCACUUUUGGUCCUUACGUCACUUUGCACACGUUGGUGUAAUGUUGGCAUUCAUUUUCUGUAUACUUCUUGGAGUUCGAAAGGAUGUUUUAGUACAUGUUAAGAUAUGUUGCCUUUUGUGAUAACAAAUAUAAAGAUAUCGGUACAACAGAAAAUGUCGUACUACAAAUAUCGUAUUAUGUUUAAAUUUCCUUGCUGCAAGUGAGUCCCUGUUUCUAAUUAAGUAAUUAUAUGUUAACAUUCACCAAA